UGAAAUAUUAACAUAAAAUUCCUACAUGGAAAAUCCUCAUAUUGUAGAAGAAAGACUUUCAGUAGUCAAGAAGACGCAUGAACUGACUGCUAAAAUACAUUAAGAUGAGGUAAAAAAAUAAAAUAAAAUAAAUCCCUCCAUGUUCCUAAGGAGGCUCUGUAAAUUUGGUUUUGUCAGCCCAAAAGCAAAACAAGACACUUUAAUUAAUUUAGAGAGGCCGUCACUUGUUUAAAUUGAAAGUCAAAGAACCCAGAUAAAUGAUUUAUUUAUUUAUACAUGUUGUCUCAUUGAGAUACAAUAUCUCAUUUACAUGAGAGACCUGUUUGGGUAAAACAAACAAAGCCACAAAACAAGCAAUUCAAAAAUUUGACUCAAUUAAAUAAGCAAAUAAAACAUGAGCUUCUUUAAUUCAUUGAGCUCCGUGACUGUAGGAUUCCAGCAAUGUUUAAUGUACCGUUUUGUCUGAUCGGCCCAGAUGUUGCAGAGCAUCUCACACAUCUGCCUGCUGGCCCUGAUGUCACUGCUGCUGCUGCUCUUCUCUCCUCUUGGGUGGAGCAAAGAGAAACAAACCCCAGGAUGCCACCUAUACCCCAUCAACGUGACGAUCCGCAGCGACCGUCGUGGCACCUGCAAAGGGACCCAUCUGGUGUACGCCUGCGUGGGCUACUGUGAGUCCAGUGCUUUCCCGUCCCGAUACUCAGUUCUGGUGGCCUCAAACUUCACACACAACAUCACCUCCACUUCACGCUGCUGCACCAUCAGCAAGGACGCCAAGGUCAAAGUUCGCCUGGACUGCCCGCGUGGUCGGCACUACGACGAAAUCGAGAUCCUGACGGCGAAGGCGUGUCGCUGCGACAUGUGCCGCAAAUCCCGCUACUGACAUUUCAUCACUACAGGACAAAAUGCUGCAUUCCAACAAUUCACCGCAUAAAAAGCAGAUUAUAGUUUACAGAGUUAAAAACAAAACAAAACUACUUCAGCAGAAACUUUUCCACUUCUGGUCAGGCUUUGAAUAGACAAAAUGUUUGAUGCAUAUUUUGUCUGUUAGAUGCAUAUUUUGUCUGUUAGAUGCGUAUUUUGUCAAAAUAUGCAUUGAAUUUUCAAUUCGAUGGUCAGAAUUUUCAAUUCAAUUCUGACCAUCGAAUUGAAAAUGUUUUACAUUUUUGUCAAUAAUUUUUCUUUAAUCAUCGAAAGCAAGAUGGCCGCCGUCCUGAAAAUUUGAGUUGUCCCUGGAUAAACACACCUGAAUCAAAUGAACAGAGUCAUGCUUAUGACUGAAUAAUGUGUCUCUGACGACUUGUCUAAACUUAGCAGGACUCCUGUUGACUGAACUCUAAAAUCCUGAAGAAAAUUAGCAUUGAAUGCAUCUCAAGUUCUUCUUAGUUACUGGAUAAAAAAUGCAUUUGUGUUCUUGUUUCACUUUUAUUGUAUUUGUCGGUCAUGUUCUGUAAGGAAUCUUUUCAAAGCCUGGAACAGCGGUGUCCAAAGUGUGGCCAUUAGAAUGAUUCUGGAUGACCUUUGCCAUGAGACACACAUCUAGUAUCUAGACGUCUGUCUGCAUCCGGAUGUUAUAUGCAGACAGACACAGUUUACAUUUUUUAGAGGGAGUUCUUUACAGUAAAAUGGAAA